AUGGUUUCCCCAGACCCCCAAAUUAUCGUGGUGGCCCCCGGGGCUGAACCCGACUCUACGCAAGUCCAACGCACUGAGGACAGGGGAAUCAUUAUCCGGAUAUUUUGGGUGGGCCCCAAAGGCGAGCUGCUUAGACGAACCCCGGUGAGUUCGGUCAUGCAGAUGCCGAUGGGGGUCCCGAUGGGGAAGCCGAUGCUGGUGCUGCUGACCUUCUUGGCCUUGGCCUCGUGCUGCUUUGCUGCUUACCGCCCCAGUGAGACCCUGUGCGGCGGGGAGCUGGUGGACACCCUCCAGUUUGUCUGUGGGGACCGCGGCUUCUACUUCAGCAGGCCGGCAAGCCGCGCGAGUCGCCGCAGCAGCCGUGGCAUUGUGGAGGAGUGCUGUUUCCGCAGCUGUGAUCUGGCCCUUCUGGAGACCUACUGUGCCACCCCCGCCAAGUCCGAGAGGGACGUGUCGACCCCUCCGACCGUGCUUCCGGACAACUUCCCCAGAUACCCCGUGGGCAAGUUCUUCCAAUAUGACACCUGGAAGCAGUCCGCCCAACGACUGCGCAGGGGCCUGCCUGCGCUCCUGCGCGCCCGCCGGGGUCGCAUGCUCGCCAAGGAGCUCGAGGCGUUCAGAGAGGCCAAGCGUCACCGUCCCCUGAUCGCCCUGCCCACCCACGACCCCGCGGCCCACGGGGGCGCCUCUCCGGAGGCGUCCGGCAAUCAGAAGUGAGCCAAAAUGUCGCGUAAUUCUGCAAGACGGCACCGUCCACCUAGUGCCCUCCUCUUGACCAGGGGCCGUUCCACCGGGCCCCGCCUCUGACAUCUCUCGGGGUCACGUGCCCUCUGCGGGCUCCCCCAUCCCCAGCCCCCGCGCCCCAACCUCCCCAUGUCAGGCUCUUCUCUCCUUGGCCCCCUCCAUCGGGCUGAGGAGAUCCUAGCAACAUCUCUAAAAAUGUACAAACUCGAUUGGCUUUAAAUAUCCCCCCAAAAUUACCCCCCAAAUUAUCCCCAAAUUGCACAAUCGAAAAACUAAAACUACGAACCCCUAAAUCUCACACACACACACACACCAGUCCCCUUAAAAUGAAUUGGCUUUUUAGAAACACCAGGAACGUUAAUUAGCUAAAAACAAAAACAAAAAAACCUAAAAUUAUCAAUUGGCUAAAAAAACCCACCCAAACUGAAUUGGCUUAAAAACAAUUGGCAUCAUGAAAGAAUUAGGCCCCCCCCUUCCUUCUCUUCCCCAGGGACCUCGAGUCAGAUUGGCUGUGAGCUCGGGCGCCUGGCCUCCAGGAGAAAGGAAGGGACCCCAAAUCUACAGGUAGGCACGUCAUGGUCCACUGCCGGCUCUGGCCUCCUCAGGCAAAACUCUGGUCGCAUUUGGGGAGAAUUGGUCAUCCUCAGAACAGCAAAGCCCCAGACUCGUUCCUCGCUCCGUCUCCCAUCCUUGAAAGUCACCAUGGAGCUAGAUGGGGGUUCCCAGUGAGACCGAAGGAGGGGAGAACAGAACAUGAACACCGAAAUUUGUGAAAAUAAACUUUAAUUGGCACAAACCCCCCUACACCCUAAAAUCCAUCCUCCCAAAACCCACAUAUCCCAAAAUCUUACAUCUCAGUUUCCACCCUUAAAAACACCCACACACCCACCUACAUCCCUGCAGACACGCCCUUACAUGCAUGCACACACACACACACCCUUGUGCACAUAUGCACACGCACGCUCACACACA